UAUCUAUUAAAGCAGAGUCUGAUCUCAGAGAGACUCAGAUGGACAGACAGAGAGAGACAGACAGACAGAUAGACAGACAGACAGAUCGACAGAGAGAGACAGACAGACAAACAGAGAGAGACAGACAGACAGAGAGACAAACAGACAGAUCGACAGAGAGAGAGAGACAGAGAGACAGACAGACAGACAGAGAGAGACAGACAGACAGAGAGACAAACGGACAGAUCGACAGAGAGAGAGACAGAGAGACAGACAGACAGACAGACAGAGAGAGACAGACAGACAGAGAGACAAACAGACAGAUCGACAGAGAGAGAGAGACAGAGAGACAGACAGACAGACAGAGAGAGACAGACAGACAGACAGACAAACGGACAGAUCGACAGAGCGAGACAGACAGAUAGACAGACAGACAGCAUGUCUCCCUCCCAGUCCUCACUACUUCUGCUACUGCUGAUGGUCUCCUGCUCCUGGGCCUCCCACUUUUUAGGAGGAACCAUGACCUUCAACCCCAGAGGGACCAACCCAGACGGAACCUACAGGGUGGACCUCCGUUACAAGACAACCUUCCACUCUACCGUCUGCCAAACUGAUACCUGGUUGUGUCGGGACUGUGGGAAUGAGAUCAGUUUAGUGGUUAACACCGUGGACCAGGCGAUAUCUGAGGACUGGUGUCAGACAGAGGGAGUCAUGACUCGACACGUCUCCAAUAACACAAAGACCUUUGAUCUGCUAUUGAAUGGUGGAAACUGGAUAGAUAAUGAUAAUUCUGUUGUUCUUUGGAGGCUGUUGACUCUUGUGGAUCUUGGGGUCAGGUCUGACACGAAGACAGUCAACCGAUCUCCACAGACCACUGUCGUGCCUCUGAUGCGUGUCCCUGCUAAUUGUCCAAGAGAUUUCAACCUGUUGUCGUUUGAUCCAGACGGGGAUGAGGUCAGGUGCAGAUAUGCAGUACCAACGGAUGAGUGUUACACAUCAAGUGACCUUCCUAAUGAAUUCACUCUACGAGAGAACUGCACCUUAUCAUUUUGGGGCAACAGUCGUACCACUGGAACAUAUGCAGUUCAGUUAGUGAUGGAGGAUUUCCCGACUCAGUCCAUCUCUCUCUCCUAUACUGACGGAUCUCAAUCUAUCAGGACCUCAAACAACACACUCUGCAAACUACCUGUUCAGUUUGCAGUGAGAGAGAAUAAGAUGAUGCCUAUGGCUUGUUUCCGGUAG